AUGCUUAUAGAGAAAUCGAUACCGUUUGGUGAACGUUGUACCAAAGAACAACUCUUGUGUUUGAUUGGACAGCAUAAAGAAGAGCCUAUCUACGAAGCAGAUGAGAUACUCAGGACUCAUGGGCACGAGGUUCUAAGACUGCCACCAUAUCACUGUUUCUUGAACCCCAUAGAGCUGAUUUGGAGUAUCGCUAAGCGAAAAGUGGCCAGCAAAAAUGUAGCCCAAUCUGCGCAAGAGUUUGAAAGAACUAUUAGAGAUUGCUUCGAAAGCGUGACCCCUAACGAUUGGAAAAAAAUGACUGAUCAUGUUGUCCACAUAGAAAAUCAGUACAUGCAAAAGGAUAACAUAACUGCUCACAUGAAAAGAUUUGUCAUAAGCGUCGGUGAUGACGAGUCUUCUAGCAGUUCUGAUCAAUAUACAGGAGGGGACUCGGAGCCGGAGUAUUUGCUGUCCGACUUUGAUAACUACUUAGAAGCAGAAUAUUUAGACUCCGAUUUUAACUACAGCGAAUAA